CAAAGCUACAGAAAUAACAUCAAGAUAAAUGGCUCACACUCUCGAUCUCGAAAGCAUUGUUGAAGCAUUCUCAGGAAAAAAUGUAGGAAUGGGAGUUGAUGAGAAGGCAUUGAUAAGUACACUGGGGAAUUCACACAAGGAUCAUCGAAAGUUGUUUCGGAAAGCAAGCAAAAAUUUCUUUGUGGAAGAUGAACAAAGAGCUUUUGAGAAGUGCCAUGAUCAAUUUGUCAAACAUCUCAAGCUUGAGUUCUCUCGCUUCAAUAAUGCGGUGGUCAUGUGGUCGAUGCAUCCAUGGGAGAGGGACGCGAGGGUGGUGAAGAAAGCACUAAAGAAAGGAGAUGAAUGUUACAGCCUCAUCGUGGAGGUGGCAUGCACUCGCUCCUCUGAGGAUCUCCUAGGCGCACGCAAAGCUUAUCACUCACUCUUCGACCAGUCAAUGGAAGAAGACAUUGCCUCUAACAUCCACGGCUCUCGCCGCAAGCUGCUUGUAGGCCUCGUGAGUGCUUACAGAUACGAAGGGAACAAGGUGAAGGAUGAUUCAGCCAAAUCUGACGCUAAGAUUCUGGCCGAGGCGGUGGCUUCUCCUGGAGAGAAAGCUAUAGAGAAUGAUGAGGUUGUUAGGAUUCUGAGCACAAGAAGCAAACUUCAUCUCCAACAACUCUACAAACACUUUAACCAAAUCAAAGGCUCUGAUCUUCUUGCGGGUGUAUCUGACUCUUCACUCCUCAAUGAUGCAUUGCUUUGUUUGCUCAAACCCUCUGUGUACUUCAGCAAGAUUUUGAAUGCGUCUUUGAACAAAGAUGCGGACAAGGGUACCAAGAAAUGGUUGACAAGAGUGUUCGUUACGAGAGCGGAUCAUAGUGAUGAGAUGAAGGAUAUCGCAGAAGAGUACAAUCAGCGCUACGGUGAGACCUUAGCCCAAAAUAUUCAAGAGAAGAUUAGAGGAAACUACAGAGAUUUCUUGCUGACACUGCUAUCCAAAUCGAACUGAUCUCGGUCGAGAAAGUAUUCUCAAGACUUUCUGUUACUAAACGUUUGAUUUCCUUUUGGUUUUGUGUUUCUAU